UUGUUGUCUUUGUGUAAAGGAGUGGAGCUCGAUCUCGCAUCACUCUUCCCUCUUCCCCGAGUCCUUUCUAAACUCUCCCCCGGGUUUUUACCCUCCCGAACCUCUCCCCUUCUACCCUUAAAACCCCAACCCUCCCCCGGUCAGCCAGUAGCGCUCCGAUAAGACCCGUGUCUGACCAAAGAUCCGUGGUUCUGUUCAGCCCACGACUGUUGCAGUUAUGGACUCCGGAAUGAUUGAAGGCGGACUCAAUGUCACCCUCACCAUCAGGCUGCUCAUGCAUGGCAAGGAGGUUGGAAGUAUAAUUGGAAAGAAAGGUGAAUCUGUGAAGAAGAUGAGAGAAGAGAGUGGGGCUCGAAUCAACAUCUCUGAAGGCAACUGUCCUGAACGGAUCAUCACCUUGGCAGGUCCGACGACGGCCAUCUUUAAAGCUUUCUCUAUGAUCAUAGAGAAAUUGGAAGAGGAUAUCAGCAGCUCAAUGACAAACAGUACAGCUACCAGCAAGCCUCCAGUCACCCUCCGCAUUGUAGUGCCUGCCAGCCAAUGUGGCUCACUCAUAGGAAAAGGUGGCUGCAAGAUCAAGGAAAUCCGAGAGUCAACCGGCGCUCAGGUACAAGUGGCAGGAGACAUGCUUCCCAACUCCACAGAGCGUGCCAUCACCAUUGCUGGAACCCCACAGUCAAUAAUUGAGUGUGUUAAGCAGAUCUGUGUGGUCAUGCUUGAGUCUCCCCCUAAGGGGGUCACCAUCCCAUACCGACCCAAGCCUUCCGGAUCCCCCGUCAUCUUUGCUGGCGGACAGGCCUAUGCUGUACAAGGACAGCACGCGAUCCCACAGCCAGAUUCUUCCUCUGCUGCUAUUUCUCCACAGCUCACCAAGCUUCACCAGUUGGCUAUGCAGCAGAGUCCUUUCCCUAUUGCACCAGGCAACCAGGGAUACACUGGGAUAGAUGCUUCUGCUCAGACUAGUUCCCAUGAGAUGACCAUUCCAAAUGAUCUGAUCGGAUGCAUCAUUGGUCGCCAGGGAGCCAAGAUCAAUGAGAUCAGGCAAAUGUCUGGCGCCCAGAUCAAGAUUGCAAAUCCAGUGGACGGAUCCACUGACCGGCAGGUUACCAUCACCGGCUCGCCCGCCAGCAUCAGUCUGGCAGAGUACCUCAUCAAUGCAAGGCUUUCUUCUGAGGCCACAGGACUGGCAGCCAACUGAUAAGACACAGCAUCUGCACUAAAUCACACUUUUAUAUCAUCGGCUACCGUAAAAUUCAGGCAAUGCAACUAUACAACUUCAGAGUUUAUAUAAUGUAUAUCCUCUUUUCUCAUUUGAAUCAUGUCAUCCGAUUUGAUCUGCUGAGUUCCUUAUUUAUUUUCUUUGUUUCGGUUUGGUUUUAG